UACGUCACGUCAUCUGUGUCAUUCGUCUUCGUCCAUGUUGUGUAAAUACCUACGUAAAAAGUUUACUCCCAUCAACCAGAUACCAAUAAUCUAGAAAAAAAACAUUUUGAGUAUUCCGCGUAAACUUUCGAGGAAAUAUACACAGUGCAAGGCACAUCUUAACUCAAUAAGGAACAGGAAACAUCAGCGAAAUGUCUCGUCCAGGGGCCACUUACGUUAAUCCCAAUAAAUUGUUCGAGGACGAUGAUGAAAACGACGUCGACGACGAGACAUUCGUCAACAGUUUUAGAUCGAGAAUCCCACCGCCUCAACCAAGUAAGCCAGCUCCAUCCACGUAUGGAAGUCACAUAGCCGCCUUGGAACAACAAAGACAAGCUAUGUUGGAAAGACAAAGGGAAAUCGAACAACGAACCUUGGAUUCAUCAUCGCGAAGCAUAGGCUUGUUACGUGAGUCUGAACAGAUCGGUAUCGCUACCGCUGAAGAACUCAGUCGACAGCGCGAGCAACUGCAGAACACCAACAAACGGCUUGACGAGAUAAACACCAACUUAAAUUACAGUCAGAAGCAUUUGAAUGGCAUUAAGUCUGUAUUCUACGGCCUAAAGAACUACAUUUCUGGUAAAUCUGAUCAGACACCUCCUAGAAGCCAGCCUUCACCAAGUACUCGCAGUGCAGGCCCCAGCAGCAGACUGAAUGAUACAUUAGACAAUCUUACCCAAGUCAAUGGUGAAGAUCGCUUCAGGUCGCACCCCGCCACCCGCCUGCGAGAGUUAGACGCCCAGGUGGCUGCCCCAAUAACAGACAGCCAGCGUGUAAACCAAGUACUGGAUGCUAACCUAGAUGAAAUGGUACAUGCCAUAUCAAGACUGAAAGGCCUGGGAAUAGCUCUUGGAGAAGAAAUAGAACAGCAGAGUGACCUCAUUGACACCAUCCAUGACAAAGUUGAAGAGGCUGAUAUCAAGAUGGGCAAGCAAAACAAGCAGAUGAACAAAAUACUUGGUAAAUAGUCCACAUUCCUUCUAUCUUUACAAACUAUAAGUUGAACUAUGCACCAGGCUCUAAGUCAAUGGAAAAUUACAUGAGAUUAUCAUGUGAGACAUAGUGAAAGCAAUAUUGAAAGUAUUAGCAGGGCCCCAAACUUUAUACUCUCAACUGGAUCUUGUAAAAAUGUGUUGUAAACUUAACAUUGGCUUUGUUUAACAAAUCCAGGUGUACUCGCUCCUAUUUAUUGUUAAUGGAAUUCCAAAUGUAGAGGUUUUGUGACCAUAGUGCUAUUAAAGUAUGUAAGUGGAUGCAACCUGCAUCAAAAUUUGCAGUUGACUAGGUAGUUAUAAUUAAUAUUGAACAGCCUCCACAGGCAAAUCAUCUGAAUUAUUUCCUGUUAUUUGUUUAAAACAUAAAGCACUGUUAUAUUAUUUAGUAGGAAAAUAUGCUAGCAAUGUACAUUUACUAUAUUCAAUUAUUGUAAUGUAGAUUUUGUUUAAUAUCACAAACAGUGCUGUUGCUUCAUUUGUUCAUGUUGUAUAACUAAUAUAGGCAUAAAUUAAAUUGUAAUUUUAUAUUUCCUGAUACAGCAUCAAAUAAAGUUGCAAUGGUAUAGUGUUCUAAGAAGAAAUUUAGUUAUGUACAUAAUAUUUUAUAAAGUUCUUUUAUUUUUAUAGUUUUGGGUUUAUUUCUGGUGAUAAGAAUGUAAAUUAUGUAUGAAUAAACAAUUACUGUUAUCAGUCUGAAUCACGCUGAAGCCUUAUCUACCAAUUAAUUCAUACAUUUUUAUCAAAAAGCCCAGAGAAUGUGUAACACAAAUUCAUAAUCAAAUAAAUAUAUUGCAUGCAUGAAAGUAAUGUUUCUGAGUAUGUAUGGUAUAUGGAUGUCUAAUAAAAAUGUUCUAUAAAGAC